AUGUCUUUUUUUAUUAUUGCAACUCUGUUGCUCUCAAUAAAUUUUUGUCUGGGUGAUGUUUCUCAUAUUGGUUUAGAAUCAGAGUAUCAAGAUAAAACUACUACCAUUCCACCACCUCCAGUUCCGUACAGUUUUAAUUACAAAGCUGGAAGAUACCCAGGACAUGUUGAUCGUUUUAGAUCCGAAUCUGGUGAUGGCGCUGGUGUAGUACACGGUACUUACUCUUACAUCGAUCCUAAAUUCAAAAUAAGAACUGUUGAUUACACUGCCGACAAAAAUGGCUUCCACCCGAUUCUCAAAAACUUCGAAGACGUUCAGGCGCAGCCGCAAGACUCAGAAGCUGUGAGGUUAGAAAAGGAAAAGCACUAUCGUUUGUAUGAAAAAAUUGCUAAUCGCAAUGCAAAUCCUCCUGGAUUAAAUGAAAAUCUUCCUCGAGAGACCGUCAGCGUUGCAAGAGCUAAAAAUCGCCAUUUUGAACUCUUCAACAAAAUAGCUGCCGAGCAUGAAGCUAUUGCUCAUCAACGCGAAGCAGAGCGACUGGCUUUUGAAGCAACUUCUGUUCCCAAUAACGUCGAAGCGAUUAAUUAUUACUGA